AUGCCAUCUGAGGAGAGGAUGGCCUCUCUGGCCGUAGUGGACUACGAAGCCCUGGUAAACAAAGAUGCCGGAGAGAUCCAAAAGCUCGCUCAAGCCUGCCAAACGGCGGGCAUAUUCCACCUAAACCUCCAGGGUUCCAAGAUGAAUGCUUUAUUUGAGGACAUACCGACUAUCUUUGAAACUGCGCAUACUACGUUCUUUAAUCUCCCUCAUGAUUGCAUGGAGAAGACACAAAGCCUUUGUGAGGGAAUGGAGCGAGGCUACCAUGACUGCAAGAGUUUUGAAUACUACGAGAUUGCACGGGACGAGUAUCGACGCGGCAAAUGGCUCUUGCCUGCCACCUUCGAGCCGCAGAAGGACCGAAUUACCCGUACGAUGGACCUUUUAAACCGAGCCGCUCAGACGGUUGUCGCCGAGCUAUGUGCUGCCAUGGAUAUCAAUGUUCCCGAGCUCAGCGAUGACCCUACUGUCCCUAGCGACACGGGCCUUAAGCUAGUAUAUAAGCCUCCAAUGGGCGAACCUGGCCAAGUUUUUCACCCAUGGCAUACUGACUCUGGCCUUGCUACACUACUGUGGUAUGACGAGGCCACAGCACAAAUACCAAUCUGCGAUAAGGAUGGGAAGCAGACCGAGGACGCGGAGACAAUUCCAGUUAUUGAUGGUACCAUCCUCGUCAAUAUUGCGGAUGAGCUUGCUGCCAGAUCAGGAGGACGCCUUCACUCGCCUGUACACCGCGUGGUGAAUCCACCAGGGACAAAGAGAGUAUGGAACAGUGUUGUCUAUCUGCUUCGGCCGUACAUGGUAUAG